AUGAAGCCCAAUGUCAACCCCGCCCCCACUGGAAAUACCUGCUUCAAGUGUGGUCAGCUUGGACACUACGCGAAUGCGUGCCCCCAGAGGCAGAGGAAUAACAACAACAAUGGAAGGGUGAAUCAUGUGAAGUUGGAAACUGCGGAGGAGGCUCCAGAUGUGCAAGAAAAUUUAAAAAAAAAAAAGAGAAAGGGGAGAGCCCCCGCCUGGGCCGACUUCCGGCCCAGCACCCCGCGCCCCUCCCCACUCCCCUCAUGCCCAAGUGGGCCGCGGCCCAAGCCGCACGGCAGCGGCCGGCCCCGCACUCACCCCCGCUGCUCCCGCCCGCAGUCGCUGACGCGUGGGCCCCGCGAGUGGGUCCCACCCGUCAGGGGCGGCGUCUUCAACCUCCGUCCGAUUCGGACGGGGUGA